AUGUCACAACCCUUGGAGGUAACUGAGUAUGACGUUAUUAUUCUUGGCACAGGUUUGGUUGAAUCAAUUCUCGCUGGUGCUUUGGCGAGAAUAGGAAAGUCUGUCUUGCACUUGGAUGCAAAUGGGCUGUACGGUGGAAAUUGGUGCUCGCUGAACUUUCGGGAACUUCUAGACUGGGUGCAUAACAUGCAAGACCCUCCUAAUCCACUUGACGGAGACGAUCAAGAAAGUAUUGAAGGCAUGCAGGCCUUAUCAACCAAUUUUCCAAUAGUUCGCCAACAAGCAUAUUCUACGCUCGAGUACGAAAUCUAUUCCAUUGUCAAGAGUGAUGAUGUAUCUCAAAAAAGUGAUGAGUACGAGGGACCAUCUAAUUCGCAAAGUGAACUGGUCACCGAUGCUAAUUCGGCAAAAAUCGUGCCAGACUAUGAUGCUUUGGCAAGAUACUUAUUAAAUUCUGAAGAAUCCGAGCAAAACGAUGCCAUAGCCAAAGUCAUCACCGAACAAUUCAAAUCCAAAAUUCUUGAUCGGACGCGAGAAAAUGAGGAAGCAAUUGCGGUAGAAUCUUCACGACUUUCUCAUCUCCUUCAGCUUCACAAAGAUUCCGAGAACAUAUCGGAAGAAACCGUACGUCACGUGUCAACUAGCCUAUCUAAUUUUGAGAGAAUUGAAACCUUAGCUACUUUAUUGAACGAGUCGAAAAAAUAUAAUCUAGAUUUGGUGCCUAAGAUGUUACCAUGUCGCGGCGAGUUCAUAGAUACGUUGAUUAGCUCUGGAGUUAGCAGAUAUCUGGAUUUUAAAGCUAUGGAUAAGACUUACAUUUAUUCAGACGGCACUUUUGACAAGGUUCCGUGUUCCAAAGAUGAUGUUUUUACUAGUCAGACCAUAUCUUUUGUUGAAAAGAGAACAUUGAUGAGAUUUUUGACUUUCGCUUUAGAUUACUCAAGUUCUCCGGAAGUUUAUUCAGGUUUUGAAGAGAAAUCGUACGUUACUUUUCUCCGAGAAAAAUUCAACAUCGAAGGCAAAUUAUUGUCCGCUGUCUUGUACGCUAUUUCGCUAAUUCAAACCGAAGAAUCGGGUGUUAACACCAUGCAAGGGUUAGAAAAAACCCAACGAUAUCUUAAGUCGCUUGGUCGAUACGGAAAUUCUGCAUUCUUGGUUGCACUAUACGGCAGUGUCAGUGAAAUCGCACAAGGGUUUUGCAGAAUCUGCGCCGUGUACGGCGGCAUUUAUAUGCUCGAUCAUCCUGUUAAAUACAUAUUAAUUAACGAAAAUUCCAAUAAGUUUUCUGGAUUGGUGGAUGUUAAUGACCAGCAACUCUCAUCUACUUUUCUAGUUGCAACGAUUGACUACCUACCUACAAAAUUCAUAAAGAAUGAGAAAUGGGAGCUUACGUCACGUGCGAUCGUGAUUACAGAUAAAUUUAUACACGAAGAAAGCGGUGAUGUCACAAUGACUGUUUUUCCACCUGACAAAGUGAACAACAGAUAUCCAAUCAACGUGUUACAAUUUUCCGCUGGAACGCAAACAUGUCCUGCCGAUAAAUAUGUUCUUUACUUAUCAACGAAAGCGUGCGGUAGAAGUGCAAAAGAAGAUUUGAUCAACGCAUUAGAAAAACUGAUCAAUAUUCCUACCAAUGAUAAUCAAGGCAAGUCGACAAAUGAGGAAGAGAAUCUCAAGUCGAACCCUUUGUUCGCUCUCUUUUACCGCUAUGAAUGUCGCGUCUUCACUCCGGAUUUACCGGAUAAUAUAAUUGUUGCUGAUGAUCCUAAUUCAUCGCUUGACUGCGAAAGCGCAAUGAUUCUAGCGAAGAAACACUUCGAAAGGAUGUGUCCCAAUGAAGAAUUUUUUCCACCUGGGCCCGAUCCAGAUGAAGAUGAAUUUAAUCUCGAUUAA